UGUUUGACCAAACUGAACAAAGUGUGUUAUCUAAAUUUGUAAACUGGCUUAAAUAUCAUUCAGUAUCUGAGCUGCAUAAGAGAGCUGUAGAUGUAGCUUUACGAAGUAAAAAUGGACAUUUAGACCUUUUCCUGCGUUUUCUUCUGGGUCUUUCAAUGGAGUCCAAUCACACUCUCUUACAAGAACUAGUGACACAGACAGGAAGCUGCAACUACAACAAAGAGGAAACAGUUGAGUUCAUCAAACAGAAGAUCAGGGAGAAUCACUCUCCAGAGAGAUCCAUCAAUCUCUUCCACUGUUUGAAUGAACUGGGUGAUGAUUCACUGAUGCAGGAGAUCCAGGAUUAUCUGAGAUCUGGACAAAUAGGAGAAACCAAACUCUCCUCUUCACAGUGGUCAGCUCUGGUUUAUGUGCUGCCGACAUCAGAGCAGAAGAUGGAUGAGUUUAAUCUAAAACAGUUUAUUGGAGCCCAAAAUACAGCAGAUGAGGUUCUUCAGAAGCUGCUGCCUGUGAUUAAAGAAUCCAGAUCAGUUCAGUUGAGUUAUUGUGGAGUCACAGAUGAAGGUUGUGCUGCUCUGACUUCAGGUCUGAGAUCAAACCCCUCACACCUGAGAGAACUGGAUCUGACUGGAAAUGAAAUGGGAGUGUCUGGACUGAAUCUGCUCUCUGAUGGACUGAAGGAUCUUCACUGUAGACUGGAGAAAUUGAAGUUGAGUUAUUGUGGAGUCACAGAUGAAGGUUGUGCUGCUCUGACUUCAGGUCUGAGAUCAAACCCCUCACACCUGAGAGAACUGGAUCUGACUGGAAAUGAAAUGGGAGUGUCUGGACUGAAUCUGCUCUCUGAUGGACUGAAGGAUCUUCACUGUAGACUGGAGAAAUUGAAGUUGAGGGAUUGUGGAGUCACAGAUGAAGGUUGUGCUGCUCUGGCUUCAGCUCUGAGAUCAAACCCCUCACACCUGAGAGAACUAGAUCUGACUGAUAAUAAACUAGGAGCGUCAGAUGUAAAGCUGCUCUCUGAUCUACUGAAGGAUCCUCGCUGUAAACUGAAGAUACUGAGUCAUAACUUUCAACUGACCCAAAGAAUGCUUAAAUUAAAUCUGAGGAAGAAGAGUCAGAGUCUGCACGAAGGAACAGCGACGCAGGGAAACCCAACUCUCCUGAAUGAUAUAUACACCGAGCUCUACAUCACAGAGAGUGAGAGUGGAGAGAUCAAUAAUGAGCAUGAGGUGAGACAGAUUGAGACACAAUCCAGGAGAGCAGCCACAGAGGACACAGCCAUCAAAUGCAAUGACAUCUUUAGACCUUUACCUGGACAAGAACACUGA